CUCUGCCAGUAUUUCUCUUUCUUCCACAUACAUCUCUCUCUCUCUCUCUCUCUCCAUAGAUAUAUAUAUAUAUAUGGGAAACCCUUCGCUGAAGGCCGUGACUCUGACCCACGUUCGGUACCAGAAGGGGGAUCAAUUAGGGCAUUUCUUGGCAUGGAUCUCUCUCGUCCCCGUCUUCAUCAGCCUCGGUGGUUUUGUCUCCCACUUCAUCUUCCGCCGGGAGCUCCAAGCCAUGUUCUUUGCUCUGGGCCUCAUCAUCUCCCAAUUCAUCAACGAAUUCGUCAAGACCUUUGUCCAACAAGCUCGUCCCGAGACCUGUGCUCUCCUCGAGACGUGCGAUUCGCACGGCUGGCCUUCCAGCCACUCUCAAUACAUGUUCUUCUUCGCUGUCUAUUUCACUCUCUUGACCUAUUACAGAAUCGGGUUGUUGAGUAGGAGGCAAAUGUGGGUUGCUGGGACUGUUGUUUGGCCUCUGGCUUUGUUGACUAUGUAUUCUAGGGUUUAUUUAGGCUACCAUACUGUUGCACAGGUGUUUGCUGGUGCUGGUCUAGGGUUUUUUCUUGGGGCUGGGUGGUUUUGGGUCGUUAAUUCUUUGCUUAGAAGUUUCUUUCCCGCUAUCGAAGAGAGUGCAUUUGGGAGGUUGUUUUAUGUUAAGGAUACAUCACAUAUACCCAAUGUGUUGAAAUUUGAGUAUGAGAAUGCGCGAGCUGCUCGGAAACAUGUGUCUUACAAACGAUCUGAUUGAUCCGAAGAUUGACUCUGUGCAUUGCUUCAUAUCAUGUGAUCCAGGAGGAUGGAGGAUUUCAUUUCUACCUAUACAAGAAAAGAUCAAUCAAACAAAUGCUGACUCUCAUUUGGAUAUCUCUUUGUUGUAGAACACAUAUUAUUUGGGAAGCAAAUACAGUUUAAAUCUGUUCUUGCUUUAUUGUCUUUCAGAAAGAGCAUGUCAGGAUAUAUACUAUCAACUGUUCAGCAAUGUCAUUGUAAUAACUAGUUUGAGCAUAGCUAAUUCACUGGAUUUUAUUUCUGUA